AGGAGCGGUUGUGCGAUCAGAUCGAUCUAAGAUGGCGACUGUGGAACCGGAAACCACCCCUACUCCUAAUCCCCCACCUACAGAAGAAGAGAAAACAGAAUCUAAUGAGGUUGCUAACCCAGAGCACUAUAUUAAACAUCCUUUACAGAACAGAUGGGCACUCUGGUUUUUUAAAAAUGAUAAAAGCAAAACUUGGCAAGCAAACCUUCGGCUGAUCUCUAAGUUUGAUACUGUUGAAGACUUUUGGGCUCUGUACAACCAUAUCCAGUUGUCUAGUAAUUUAAUGCCUGGCUGUGACUACUCACUUUUUAAGGAUGGUAUUGAGCCUAUGUGGGAAGAUGAGAAAAACAAACGAGGAGGACGAUGGCUCAUUACAUUGAACAAACAGCAGAGACGAAGUGACCUCGAUCGCUUUUGGCUAGAGACACUGCUGUGCCUUAUUGGAGAGUCUUUUGAUGACUACAGUGAUGAUGUAUGUGGAGCUGUGGUUAAUGUUAGAGCUAAAGGUGAUAAAAUAGCAAUAUGGACUACUGAAUGUGAAAACAGAGAAGCAGUUACACAUAUAGGGAGGGUAUACAAGGAAAGGUUAGGACUUCCUCCAAAGAUAGUGAUUGGUUAUCAGUCCCAUGCAGACACAGCUACUAAGAGCGGCUCCACCACUAAAAAUAGGUUUGUUGUUUAAGAAGACACCUUCUGAGUAUUCUCAUAGGAGACUGCGUCAAGCAAUCGAGAUUUGGGAGCUGAACCAAAGCCUCUUCAAAAGCAGAGUGGACUGCAUUUAAAUUUGAUUUCCAUCUAAAUGUUGCUAAGAUAUAAGAGAAGUCUCAUUCGCCUUUGUCUUGUACUUCUGUGUUCAUAUAUUUUUUUUUUCUUAAUUUUGGCUAGAGUGUCCACUAUCCCAAUCAAAGAAUUACAGUACACAUCAUCCCCAGAAUCCAUAAAUGUGUUCCUGGCCCACUCUGUAAUAGCUUAAAAGAAUUAACGAUUACAAACACAUUUGACCCAUCUACAAUAUUAAAGAAAAGAAUUUGCAUUUCUAUACCUUACAAGAGAACGAUUCUGUUUAUGUUCCAUUGUAUGCAGGAGCAUAUUUUGCUGGUUUGAAAGAGUAUGAUGCAUACAGUUUUCUAACAAUUUUCUUUGUUUCUUUUUACAGCAUUGUCUGUGCUGUACUCUUGCUGAUGGCUGCUAGAUUUUAAUUUAUUUGUUUCCCUACUUGAUAACAUUAGUGAUUCUGAUUUCAGUUUUUCAUUUGUUUUGCUUUUGUUUUUUUCCUCAUGUAACAUUGGUGAAGGAUCCAGGAAUAUGACACAAAGGUGGAAUAAACAUUAAUUUUGUGCA